UAAUUGCUUGUGUGAAUGAAAGACCUUAUCUUUAAAGGAAUGUGUUAAAACGUACACAAACUACCUGAGUGUGUGUUUGCGGAGCAAUAACGAAUUGCUUGAAUGCCAAUGCCUGAAUAUUUAACAAGAGGAUUUCAAACUCGAACAGGUCAAAUUAGGAUUAUAGAUCGAUAAGAAUAGCCCCGUGGACUGCAUUGAUGGCAAAUUACACGAAUGUACAUGUAAAGACUUUGGAACAAUUGAUAAAUUUCCGAUAAAAUGAAAUCCGUCACGGUACACCCGGAAGUUAUCUCCAUGACAGCGAACUCAACAUUCCAGUCAGAAACCUCGUUCACGAUAGAAAACAUAACAUCAGAAGAAAUCAAAUUCAAAGUUCGCUUCAGUAAUGACACGAACUUCUCUUCCAAACCUAUCAUCGGAAACAUUCCAGCGAAAUCCAAAGAAACUGUAAAAGUAUGUUAUGUCCCAAAGGAAAGAAUUCAAAUAAUGGAUCUUUGUAAAUUCCAGCUUCAUGUCAUUGGACUUUGUGGAUUAAAAGACAACGGCCCAAGUACAUUUGCAGAUGCGCCAGAAAAAGUUGAAAAAGGAACAUUUUCUAUAUCUUUCCCCCUUCCUUUGAUGGAUGAUGCCCUUUUCUGUACUCCUAAAUCAACUAUAGAAGUUGGUGCUCCUGAUAAUGACUAAUUCCACAGGAAAACAAUGUAACAUUUAAUUGAAAUUCAAUCAUUUCCACUUUGUUAAGUACCAUUGUAUUUUUGUAAAGUGCAUUUAUUUACUACCGUAAAGAUCUUUAUCGAUACUACA